UCUUCUGCUUGCCCCGCCGCCUUCCUCGCGACCCCCCCCCCUCUCCUCUCGCCGCCGCCGCGUCCGCUCCACCCGGCGGCGGAGUACUCUCCAUCCGCCGCCGCCGCUUGGUACUAGAUUUGUGCUGGUAGCCGCGUAGAUCUAACUAGAGAGAGAGAGAGAAGGGAGUGAGUGGCGAGGAUGAGCGUGGUGGGGUUCGACGUCGGCAAUGAGAGCGGCAUCGUCGCCGUGGCGCGGCAGCGGGGCAUCGACGUGGUGCUCAACGAGGAGUCGAAGCGGGAGACCCCCGCCGUCGUCUGCUUCGGCGACAAGCAGCGCUUCAUCGGCACCGCGGGGGCCGCGUCCUCCACCAUGAACCCUAGGAACUCCGUCUCCCAGAUCAAGCGCCUCCUCGGCCGCGCCUUCGCCGACCCGGAGCUGCAGCGCGACCUCGCCUCCUUCCCGUUCCGCGUCUCCGAGGGCCCCGACGGCUUCCCGCUCGUCCACGCAAGGUACCUUGGGGAGGACAGGGCGUUCACCCCCACGCAGCUGCUCGCCAUGGUGCUCUCCAACCUCAAGGGGAUCGCCGAGGGCAAUCUCAACGCCGCGGUCUUCGAUUGCUGCAUUGGCAUCCCGGCGUAUUUCACUGAUCUGCAGCGAAGGGCUGUCGCCGAUGCCGCCGCCAUCGCGGGCCUCCGCCCGCUGCGCCUGUUCCAUGAGACGACCGCCACGGCGCUGGCUUAUGGAAUUUACAAGACCGAUCUCCCGGAGAAGGAGUGGUUGAAUGUGGCGUUCAUCGAUGUCGGGCAUGCUAGCAUGCAGGUUAGCAUCGUCGGGUACAAGAAAGGGCAGCUCAACAUGCUCUCGCAUGCGUAUGACCGGUCCCUUGGCGGGAGAGACUUUGAUGAGGUUCUAUUCAAGCACUUUGCGGAGAAAUUUAAGGACGAGUACAAAAUAGACGUCUACCAGAAUGCCCGUGCGUGCGUUAGGCUGCGUGUGGCGUGUGAAAAGCUCAAGAAGAUGCUGAGUGCCAAUCCAGAGGCACCACUGAACAUUGAGUGCUUGAUGGAUGAGAAGGAUGUGCGGGGAUUUAUAAAACGGGAGGAGUUCGAACAGAUCAGUUCCCCAGUGCUACAACGUGUGAAGGCUCCAUUGGAAAAGGCCUUGGCUGAAGCUGGCUUAACAACAGAAAAUGUGCACUUUGUUGAGGUUGUUGGAUCGGGCUCUCGUGUUCCUGCAAUAAUCAGGAUAAUCACUGAAUUUUUUGGAAAGGAACCGAGGAGGACUAUGAAUGCAAGUGAAUGUGUUGCCCGGGGAUGCGCUCUUCAGUGUGCUGUUCUUAGCCCCACUUUCAAAGUCCGGGAAUUUGAGGUCAAUGAUGGGUUCCCGUUUUCAAUUGCUUUGUCAUGCAAACCGGAUUCUGAGAACACUGAAUCCGAACAGACUAUCGUGUUCCCAAAAGGAAGUCCAGUCCCUAGUGCCAAAACUGUGACCUUCUAUAGGUCCAAUACAUUUGCAGUAGACGUUGUGAGUGUCGAUGCAGAUGAUUUGCAAAUGGCUAAAAAAAUCAGCUCCUAUACAAUUGGCCCUUUCCAAUCCAGCAAACCUGAGAAGGCAAAAGUGAAUGUGAAAGCAUGUCUCAACAUCCAUGGGAUAGUCUCUAUUGAAUCAGCAAUGAUGCUGGAGGAGGAAGUGGAUGUUCCGGUAGCAACUACAAAUGAGACACUAAAGGAUGAUACUAAAAUGGAUACAGAUGAUGCACUAGGUGACCCUGCUUCUGGAACUGAUGAGAACAUGCAGGAAUCCAAAUGUUCUGCAGAUGCCACUCAUGGUGCUGCAGAAAAUGGGAAGCCAGAUUCUGAGGAAAUAUCUGCUCCAAUGGAUACUGAUGCCAAGGUUGAGCCAUUGAUAAAGAAUGUGAAGAAAAUUGAUGUUCCAGUUUCUGGAUUGGUUUAUGGUGCACUGGGGUCUGAAGAAUUGGUGAAAGCUUCUGAGAAUGAGUAUGAAAUGGCUCUUCAGGACAGAGUAAUGGAAGAAACCAAGGAGAAAAAGAAUGCUGUCGAGGCUUAUGUUUAUGACAUGCGUAACAAGCUCUAUGACAAGUACAACGAUUUUGUCAUGUCUGAGUACAAGGAAGGGUUUAUUGCCAAGCUUCAGGAGGUUGAGGAUUGGCUGUACGAAGAUGGUGAAGAUGAGACAAAAGGGGUUUAUAUUGCAAAGCUGGAAGAACUUAAAAAGGUUGGUGAUCCUAUUGAGAUCCGCUACAAAGAGUGGGCUGAAAGAAGCUCUUCUAUUAACCAGCUGGUACAUUGCAUCAACGGUUUUAAAGAGGUUGCAUUGUCUAAUAGCCAAGCAUUUGAUCACAUCGACAUGUCAGAAAAACAGAAGGUCCUGGAUGAGUGUUCGGAGGCCGAGAUCUGGCUAAUAGAGAAACAGCAGCAGCAGGAUGCUCUACCAAAGCAUGCUGAUCCUGUCCUCUUAAUAUCUGACAUGAAGAAGAAAGCUGAAGCACUUGACAGGUCGUGCAGACCGAUUAUGUCAAAGCCGAAACCUGCACCGAAGCCACAGACCCCUCCUCCGCCUACGCCUCCGACUGAAAGCCCAACAACGCCUGAGCCUCAAACUCCAGAGCAGCAGCAGCAAUCCAACGGUGCCGGUGAAGCUGAAGAGCCGACAAGCGAGGGAGGUGCCCAGGAUCAGGAGCCUACUGCCGAGCAAAUGGACACAGACAAACCUGACGGUUGGGCCGAACCAUCGGCAUAAGUUUGUUGUCGACAAACUAAGAACUCCUGUGAUCGAAUGCUUCCUCAUGUGGUUAUGGUCACUUGGUUUUAGGCCCGUGAAUGAGCUAGGAGAACCGGAUGUUUUUUUGGGGUGCUGUACUUGGUGGUCACUUCACUUGGUUGGGAUUGUGACAUGGACAUGUUGGUAAGGGUAAAAUGCUGGUGGCUUGUCCCUUGAAUCACUUUUUUUUUCUUCUCUUAUUUAGGAUGGUUGAAUUGGGGAUGAGAGGGCAUGCCACCACCCAUUUAUUCAGGCCUUGGUUCAACACGGGUCUAAACUGUAGCUUUUGUCCAAUGGUCCAUAACAUCUAAGGAAAAACAAAUUUUGGUCCAUGGGAAGAAACGCUCUCAAUACAUUUUUUACUGGUUUCCCAUUGAGUUCA